GAUGCUGAUGCUACAGUUACAGACACAGCCCCCGCUGGCGCAGCCUCUCUGAUUCUCUCUCUCCUCUCUCUCCCCGCGUCCAGCGCUGGGCUUUUUCAGACAAGUGCAUCUGCUAACCAGGUCACAUUUCAGCCACGACCCACCCUCCGUCAGUCACUGGAGUCAGACCGCAGGAGGAGGGCUUGAGGAGGACCGCAGCGCCUCGCCAGCGGCGCGGUGGAGGGAAGGACAUCAAAUCCUGCAGAAGUCGAGACCCCCCCACCCACCCAGAUCCAAGCCCAGACCACGAUGACCGCUCCGGGCUACGGGCGCCUGGCGCUGCCGCUGCUGUUCCUCGCAGUGGUCGCCCUGGCUGAAGGUGACGCCAAGGGGCUCAAGGAGGGCGAGACCCCCGGCAAUUUCAUGGAGGACGAGCAAUGGCUGGCGUCCAUCUCGCAGUACAGCGGCAAGAUUAAGCACUGGAACCGCUUCCGAGACGAAGUGGAAGAUGACUACAUUAAGAGCUGGGAGGACAAUCAGCAAGGAGAUGAAGCCCUGGACACCACCAAGGACCCCUGCCAGAAGGUAAAGUGCAGUCGCCACAAGGUGUGCAUCGCCCAAGGCUACCAGCGGGCCAUGUGCAUCAGCCGCAAGAAGCUGGAGCACAGGAUCAAACAGCCGGCUCUGAAAUUCCAUGGAAACAAAGACUCCACCUGCAAGCCCUGUCACAUGGCCCAGCUCGCUUCAGUCUGUGGCUCUGAUGGACACACCUACAGUUCGGUGUGUAAGCUGGAACAGCAGGCCUGUCUGAGCAGCAAGCAACUGGCAGUGAGAUGUGAGGGCCCCUGUCCCUGUCCCACGGAGCAGGUUACUACGGCCACGACCGACGGCAAGUCAGAGACCUGCACAGGACAGGACCUGGCCGACCUGGGGGACAGACUCCGGGACUGGUUCCAGCUCCUCCGUGAGAACUCCAAGCAGAAUGGCUCGGCCAGUGGUGCAGCCAACCCUGCAGGGCUGGACAAGAACCUGGGGGCCAGUUGCAAGGACUCCAUCGGCUGGAUGUUCUCCAAGCUGGACACCAGUGGAGACCUCUUCUUGGACCAGACGGAACUGGCUGCCAUCAACCUGGACAAGUACGAGGUCUGCAUCCGCCCUUUCUUCAACUCCUGCGAUACCUACAAAGAUGGACGCGUCUCUACUGCUGAGUGGUGUUUCUGCUUCUGGAGGGAGAAGCCCCCCUGCCUGGCAGAGCUGGAGCGCAUACAGAUCCAGGAGGCAGCCAAGAAGAAGCCAGGUGUCUUCAUCCCGAGCUGUGAUGAGGACGGCUAUUACCGGAAGAUGCAGUGUGACCAGGGCAGUGGUGACUGCUGGUGCGUGGACCAACUGGGCCUGGAGCUGACGGGCACACGCAUGCGUGGGAACCCUGACUGUGAUGACAUCGUGGGCUUCUCAGGGGACUUUGGAAGCGGCGUCGGCUGGGAGGAUGAGGAGGAAAAGGAGACAGAAGAGGCAGGAGAGGAGGCCGAGGAGGAGGAGGGUGAGGCUGGUGAGGCAGACGACGGAGGCUACAUCUGGUAGAUGGCCCUCAAGGGCCUCGGCAGGCCAGGGUGCCGACGGCCGGAGAGACAGGCCAGAAGAGACCUGGACGACGGCAGGCGAAUUUAGCAAAUGGAUCCGGACGUCAGUGUGAAGGACCCUGGCUCCAGCGAGAGGACUGAAGUAGAGUGUGGCAUGUGUGACUGGUGUGUGACUGGUGUGUGUGUGUGUGUGUGUGUGUGUAUGCCACGUGCGUGUGUCAUGUGCUGACAGAUGUGUCCUUGAUCCAUGCUGCUGCUCCUGGCAGCGAGUCACCCAAAGGCCCCUUCCUCCUUGUAGUUAUUUUCUUCUCCUUUGUUGUGGGUUUUGCAAAGUGCACGUUCACACACACGUACACACUGACAGGCCAAAAUCAAUGAAAUGAGAUGCCCCUGACCCCGUCCCUCCCUGCUCAGUCAGUUCUCCCUCCCCCUGCCCCUUCCUGCCUUUCUUCCUCCAUCUUCUGGGGUCAAAGGGGAGGGGGGUAGGAAGCCGUGAGCUGGCCAUCCUCCCCAAAUUAGGCUGAAUUGGUGUGAAAGUCCGGCCAUCGUCUGGCAAUGAUGGGCAGGACUCUGCACACAGUGAGGCUUACCCUUUUGAUAUCUGAAGGACUAGUUUCAGGUAUGUCCAGCCAUGGCCCUUGGACAGCAUGUGGUUAAAGACGGCUAUCAAUGUGGCCCGACACGAGACUAAACUUAUUUAAGACAGGUUUGUUUUUAGUAACUCCACCAAAGAGUUCUUGAGUGUCAACUUUAUAGAUGACAAUGCUCUAUUACAAUGUCAAAGGUUGGGUACACCUAAUAGAUUAUCUCUUAACCUAUUCCUGAGAAACUAGAGACAGCCCAGGAGGACAGGCAGAGACAGCGAGGAAGGAGAGGGCAGGUCCUUCAAUGCAAGACCUGUUCAGAUUAUCCCAGUCAGCCCUUGUUGCCUCAUGGGGCUCUAGGAGGAUUUCGUGGUAAAUGGGGGCUGUCAUCAUGCAUCUGAGCUUUGGUGCAGCCUGUUAGGAGAUCUUUCCACUGCCUCUGUCCCUGGAUUGGGUUCCCUUUGUCCUCAGGGCCAGAGGACCAGAAAGCAGCAUUAUGUGUACCCAUCUCCUCCCUGGCCCUCUAAGGAAGUGGUCCCCUCUUGCCCAGACCAAUAGAAAGACAUGUCCCUGAGACCCUAUGUGAGAAAGCAGUGGGAAGCUGCCACUUCCUGUACCCCGAGACAGUCCUGGAGGAGAGACACCAAAGCAACAGUCCUCUCAACCAUGGGGUCCCCAAGACAGCCCUGGCAGAACUGCAUCCCAAACUCCAUUUAAAGCCCCACAGCAUAUGUGAGUAGAGAACGGUUCACCAAAGGGGAUCACACUGGGCAGCUAGACUCUGAGGCCAUACCUCACCAUGUCCCCAAAUCUCUAGGCCCAGUGGGAGGUCCUCUUACCCAGAUGCCCUUGGGGGUUUUGUGUGUUUAUUGCUUCCCAUCUCUCCCUCUCAAAGGCAAUUUCUUAAUAUAUUUGAUGAAGAAUUUCUUACCUGGA